AUGUCCAGCCUGAACUUACACACCAUGUACGAAGAGAUAAACGCAACAAGUCUUGAGACGUCGACCACGUCUGAAAUCAUCUACCCAGUCGCUGUCCAACGAAACAGCGCCGCAAUGGCGCUGGGGCCCAAGACCGCACUGCCAGUGGGCAGCACAGACCAUUUACUCUUCAGAUUGGAGAAACUCUUCAGACCCACCAAGGAUCUCGGUUCCGUCCUCACCACUUUCAACUACUUCCUCUAUCUCUUGGCUUACUUCGACGCCAAAGCCCACAAUUUCAAGUCGCAAGCCCUUUCCCUCGUCACCAAAAAUGCCUCUAUCGACGGUGCCCUCGCGGGGGCGACCGCCCACCCCGAGGGCUCAGCCUUUGCCAAACUGGGCGCGGUCGUCUACAACGCGCGCACGACCCUGCGCCUGUUCGGCCUGCUCCCCCUCUACGUGCGGGCGAGGAAGCUGAUGAACGACUCGAAGGACAUGGACAAGGUGCUCUGGGCCGUUUCUGCAGUCCAGUGCUCCCUGUUCACCAUCUUCCAGUUCCUCGAGAACGUGGCGUUUCUCACCGAGAACGGUGUGCUGUCGUCCCGUGGCAGGGUGGGUCAGGCGGGCGGGCGUGUGGCGGCCACGUACAAGCUGGCGCAUCGUGCCUGGUUCCUGGGCCAUGUGUGA